ACCCCCUGAAGAAUGCGAACACAUCCACAAAAAGCCGCCUUUGAUUCGCCUCCAUCCGCGCUCUGGUUCUGGUUCUGAUUGGGUCCACAAUGAAGCAUCUGAUCCUGCCUUUGGUCCUGGUGUCGGUCUGGAGGUUCUGCUCCGGAGCUGGAGAUUGGUGUUACCAGUCCCAGUUCACCUGUGAACACCAAUGCAACACUCCAGAUAAAUGGACUCAUGCCAACGGUGACUGUGGAGGAAAGUCCCAGUCGCCCAUCAACGUGGUGACCAGGAAGACCCUCCCCGAUGCCCGCCUCACCCCCUUCGACUUCAACAACUACCAGCAGAUCUUCAGGGGGACCAUCAAGAACAACGGACACUCAGUCCAGGUCGGCGUCCCCCACCUCAGCACCGUCUCGGGGGGGGGUCUGCCCACCACGUACAAGGCCGUCCAGUUCCACCUGCACUGGGGGGACAAUGGGGGACCCGGGUCAGAACACACCAUCGACGGGGAGCAAUACCCCAUGGAGCUCCAUAUCGUCCACAUGAAACAUCACUACACUGACCUGACGACAGCGCUGUCCGACCCAGAGGGCGUCGCUGUGCUUGGAUUCUUCUACGAGAGGUCCAACAGCGCCAACAGGAAGUACGAGCCUAUCAUCAAUGCCCUGAGGAGCAUCAAGACCACAAACGGGAACACGUCGCUGCCUCCCGUCUCCUUGGCCCAGCUGAUCCCGGCUCAGCAGAACCUGACCAGUUACUACCGGUACAAAGGCUCUCUGACCACGCCGGGCUGCACCGAGGCUGUGGUCUGGACGCUGUUUGAGAACCCCAUCCCUCUGAGCACCGAGCAGCUGCGAACCUUCUCUGAGCUCAAGUUCCACGACGGGAAGCCGAUGGUGGGGACCUUCAGGCCCGUGCAGCCUCUCAAUGGGCGCCAGGUGUACCGGUCUGGUGGUGCCGCCGUCCUCGCCAGCACCACGGUCCUGGUGGCCGCCGUUGCCGUCGCCCUGGGCCUGUCCCGCCCCAACUAGAGCCAGGCAUCCCACACUGCACUGCGACACCCAUGAACACCAACAGCCCCCCACCUCCUCAGCCGAACCCCGGUUUGUAACGUCAUCGCAUGAUCAGUGAAACCAUCGGCCAUGUCGUAGUGCACGCGCCCGGCCCCGCCCACGUGGCGCAAAUGACAAAGGUGUUCCGGGAAUGCCUUAGAGAGGCGGCACGUGGGCGGACGGCACUCAUGCAUGCGUAGUUAAACUAUUCCGUAGUUCUUCAUCAGCAUUAUGAAUGUGCCAUAAAGCAGGUUACAGAGCACGCUCAGUGACGCUCAGUUCCAGACCACGCCCCUUAGUUGUGCAGUAGUUUUCUUCUUCCUAAACACCAGCACGCCGUACGCCGACCUCAUCCACCUUGUCCAAUGUCAGGUAAAUUUAGUCCCACUAAUGUCAACCUGGUUUCGGCUCAGAGCGCCGCUGUCGCCAAACAGGUGCGCACGUGAUGUGCACGUGAUGUGCACGUGAUGUGUACAUGGAUGGAGCUAUUUAUAGAACCCUGAGUCAUAAAAACAGGCUGCGUUUCAGAGCCAGCGGUCAAAAGAGUCAGCAGUUCUGGUCUCAUUCAACGUCCAGGAGCACCCCCCCGCUAUGCCAGGUGAACUCUGGGUAAGAGGGGAGGGGCAGGGGAAUGGGGGUGGGGUGGUUUCCACACAGCCAUGACAGCUGGAGGCAGAGGGGCGGUACCUGAGAGGAGGAGGAGCCUCCAUCAGACUGUACAGGAAGUGGUGGUAGCUGCAGCAACGCCUCCUAGUGGACGGUUUUGGAGCGGACAGGAGCGAUAACAAAACCAAAUGCACAUUUAACACGACUUAGAAACAUUCGACUUCUCGUAACGUUUUAGUCAAUAAACAGAAGCUGAAGGUCGUCAUUAACCCUUAAACACC